CUGUCGAUUGUAAAACCUUCACCCUAUAUGCACACGACAGCGUUUUUGGAACACAAUACCUGCAAAGUGUACAAAGAACAGAUUGCCUUCGAUUAAUUGAAAUGAAACCGACUUUGACAAAAGCAGAUUUUGUACUUCAAACGUUUGGCUUCCGAACAUAGCAUCUUCAUCGAUCGUAUAUGGUUCCGGCUGUAAGCUGUCUGCUUUGUGUGUGUGUGUGUUUGGAGUUUAUUUUGCGUGUACAGCUAGUCUUUGAACUUGGGGCGAAGAGGAAACAUAACCAGCUUUCAUGUGAAAGUAACUCAUGGAUGUGGAGGGUCAAAGAGGUAAGUGGAAACACCAGAUGGAACUCUUAGGAUAUGCAAUAAUUGAUUCCUCGAUUGCAUAAAAAGAACUUUCGGCAGAGCUGGGAGGCAGACCUUUCUGCAACAAAACCGAAACAUCCUUUUUCAACUAUGGAGGCGACCGCGAGUGCAAUGUGCAACGGGACUGUAACGAACGGGACGGAGGGUUGUGACGAGGGGCUGAACGGCACGCAAGUCGGCACAACAGCGGCCAGGACGACUAUGAAUCCGGACAUAUACAACAGCUGGGACGACGCUACGUGGAUUCUGACUAGCGCAUUUGUCAUCUUCACAAUGCAAUCUGGAUUUGGACUACUGGAAUCCGGCAUGGUGUCCCGAAGGAACGAAGUGAACAUCAUGGUCAAGAAUGCUGUGGACGUGAUCUUCGGGGGACUGACCUACUGGAUUUUCGGGUACGGGUUCAGCUUCGGGACCGGGCAGGGCACCAACGCGUUCUGUGGUAUUGGUCAUUUCUUCACCGACUCCACGGAUCCGGAUGAAAUGGGCUGGAUUUUUGCGAAAUUCGUGUUCCAGGCUUCCUUUGCCACCACGGCCACGACCAUUGUGUCCGGUGCGAUGGCGGAGCGAACCAAACUGGAGGCGUAUUGCGUCUUUUCAUUGGUCAACACGCUCAUCUACUGCUUCCCAGCACAUUGGAUCUGGUCGGAAGAGGGCGUCUUCGCACGGAUGGGAGCUAUCGACAUUGCUGGAGCAGGGGCAGUUCACCUGGUUGGUGGCGCUACCGGCCUGGUGGCUACACUGAUGCUGAAGCCCCGCAGAGGGCGCUUCGACGGCAAAGGGGAGGCCGAGAUGAGCAACCCGACCAACGCCCUGCUAGGCAUGUUUAUGCUGUGGUGGGGCUGGCUGGGCUUCAACUGCGGCAGUACCUUUGGGAUCUCGGGGGGCAAGUGGAAGCUCGCGACCCGGUCCGCCAUGGUGACCAUUACGUCAUCCAUCGGGGGAGGCGUGACCGGACUGGCAUUCAGUUGGACCACACUUAAUCGCACAUUUAACAUUAACUAUUUAAUCAACGGUGUAUUGGGAGCGCUCGUAGGCAGCACAGCUAUCUGUGCUUUGUCCAAACCGUGGGAGGGGCUUGUAAUUGGCGCCGUUGGAGGCGUUAUAGCCGUGGCCACACCCACCCUCCUGGAGAGACUGAAGAUAGACGAUCCGGUGGGGGUAAUCGGGGUCCACUUACUGGCCGCUAUUUGGGGGCUGGCUGCUGUGGGCCUCUUCGGGAAACCAGACCACAUUGAAAACCUCACCGAUCAAGCAGGUCUGUUUUAUGGCGGUGGGUUUCGGUUGCUUGGUGUACAGUUACUGAUGGCGGUCACGAUGUUGAUCUGGACCUGCAUCACUGCCUACAUUCUUCUCUUUGCCAUCAGCAAGACGAUUGGGUUAAGAUGCUCUGUGGAGCAUGAAAUCUUAGGUGCCGAUAUAUGCGAACAUGGCAUCAACCAGCUGGGGCCUGAUGAGCGCGUGGCCAUCACCAAAGAGCUCCAAGAUCUGGGCUUCGAGUCUCCCUUCGACUGCCCCAGCCCCCGCGUCCGGCUGCGGAGCGCCUCCAGCCGCCGCCGGUCCUACACCACCCGCGGACCCAGCGUGGCCGCCGUGACCGGCACGGUCAAGUCCAUGGAGGCGGCCGACCAGGUCAACGGCGUGGCCAUCACGCACCUCACGCCAGACGCUGGCCCUGAUCGCACGGAACUGGAUGUGACCGGUCACAACUGGAUUCUGAUGGAGAGAGCUAACAAUGAAACGAGCAACGGUCUUCCACAGCCGGAUGAGGUGACUCUCUCAGUCAGUGGAUUACCUAAGCCCGACAGACUGAUAGGUGAACUGCACUUAGGUACCGACAAUCCUGCCUUCGAUGCAGCAGGUAGUCGCCCUACCAGUCCCUUCAACGUUUCUCCUGAUCCUGGCCAAAGAGUACACUUGUCUGUCGUGCGUGCUGUGAACGAAUGAACCAUGCCUAUUAAAGGCAAACCGAAUCACAGGGAUGAAUUUGACAAGAGGACCACAUUAUAUUGUGCUACAAAAAGACAAUUCAAGUUGCACAAACUUGGUGUAUCCACGUGUAUAGCCCAAAAGUCAAAUGAAAAUUAUGAUAUUGCUCUCCGAUGUUAUAUGCAUGUAGUUAAUGUAAGUUUCAUCGAUGAUAGGAAUGCAUGUGCAUCUCCUGUGGUUUUAUUGAAACUAUAGGCGUUUGUGAGUUUUGUCUUAUGAGUUGCCAUCUUUGUGUAUGUAAAACCUAUGGACAGAAAGACGCCGUUUUUCCACAGCCAGACGACUUCAGCUAAUUUCCAGUUAUUGUGGGCUGUCGACUUUUGCGGUGUUUAGAUAAAGUGGUCAUGGUGUGCCAGUGAUUCAAACUAAAUUCUGAAUGUACUGAUGGGAGUAACAACAUAGUCUGGCAAUUGGAACGACUGAACUUGUGUCCCUGUGGCGAUGUAUUGUGGGGUUUUUUUGUUGGAUUUUUGCGUACAUCUGAGUUUAAAAUUCAAAAUGUGGGGGCAGACAGAGAAAGCGAGAAUCAGUCAAACUAUAGGGUGUGCAGAACAUUGCUACCUAGAAUGCAGAGAGUUUAGGCAAAGAUUUGAUCACAGUUAUUAUUUCAGUGGUCACACUGCACAUUAAAAUGUUAUGUAAAUAGACAUAUGAGAAGGACCUCAAACGAUUUGUAUCUUUCAAGUUGAGAAAAUAAUCAGGUGUAAAUUUCAUAAUACUGUGUAUGUUUGUAUAUAAUGCUGUAGAGUGGUGGAAUAAAGCUGGAAUGAUUCACUCAUUUCCUGACAA